AUGGCCAAAGGCAAAAAGCAAUCUGCCAAAGGUCCAGCCGAAUCUCAAGACGCUAACAUGAAUAAUAUGAAUAUAGAUACUUUGAUACUUAAAUGGCGUUUGAUGGCUGUGCCUACUCUUUGCACAGUCGUCUUACGCGAUCAUCACACUCCUACUAUUGCGAUCGUCUGCCCUGGAACAAGAAUAGCCUUGAUCCAACCUGCUGAAUUGUUGUACAGUUUGUUAUGCGUAUCCUGGUCAACAGUCGGACUUUUACAAACUAUGGUCUUUGUUUUAAUAAAUAGGACUACUGCUGCCCGUUCAGAUUGGCGCAAGGCCAACAUGACUCGCGAACAACAGAAACACUGCGCUACCAUAAUUAAAGCAAUGAAACAGUACAGGAACGCCGGUCCAUUCCUUGAUCCAGUUGAUCCAGUUAAACUUGGAAUUCCAGAUUAUCUCAAAAUUAUUCAACAUCCGAUGGAUAUUGGCACAUUGGAAAGAAAACUGGAUAACUGUGAAUACGAGAGCGUAUCGGCGUUUGCUGAUGAUGCUCGGCUGAUAUUCAAUAAUUGUUACAUUUAUAACGGCAGAGAUGCAGUAAUCUCAAAAGCUGCACAAGAAUUAGAAGAGAUAUUUGAACGAAUGAUGGCUAAAAUGCCUGGACAGCCGGUUGCUAAACCAGCAGAACCAUCUACUUCUAAGCCAUCCAAACCUACUGAAAUUUCAAUUUCCAAAGUAUCUGAGCCAAAACGUCCUAAAAGAGAAAUUCGACCCCCUCCACCUAAAGAUUAUCCUGAGACGCCCACUGUUCGUAAAGGAAGCGUAUCAAAAAAGAGAGAUGCAGAGAUGAAAUUCCUUCGCGCAAUUAUUAGAGAGUUUAAGAAAAAACAACAUGCUCCAUAUGCUUAUCCGUUUUACGAACCAGUUGAUGCCAUGAAAUUGGGUGUGCCCGAUUAUUACGAUGUGAUUAAAAAUCCUAUGGACAUUUCUACACUUAAUAACAAACUUGAGAAUGGUCAAUAUGAGAGCGCCGAUGAAUUUGAGAAAGAUGUUCGCUUGAUGUUUCGUAAUUGUUAUGCAUACAAUCCACCAGGUUCAGAUGUUUAUAAUAUGGGCAAACAGCUCGAAGCAAUUUUUGAUAGGAAAUGGAAAGAGAAGCCUGAGCCAAUGCCAAAUCCAUCGCCCGAAACACGUGAGGAUACCAGUUCAUCUGAUGAUGAAGAUGAACAAGCCCAGAGCCUUAGAGCUUUGCAAAAGAGUUUAGUUGCAUUACAAAAUCAAAUCGCAUCUAUUCGACGAAAAGACGUCAAGUCGAAAAAUCGUAAGCAAACUAAAUCACCAAAAGGUCCCACAAGAAAGAACAGCAUGAAGGGAUCCAAGGACUCGACGUCCAAUAAGAAAUCUAUGGCAAAGCGGGCACGUGGUAAGGCUGACGAGGAAGAUUUUGAACCAUUGACUGUUGAGCAGAAAAAUGAACUCGGUGAAAGGAUCAAUCGUCUUUCUGAAGAGAAGACGAAUGAACUUAUUGCACUCAUUUCUGCAAGUGGAGCUCAUCUCGAAGCUGAGGAUGGUAGUUAUGAACUCGAGAUAGAAUCUGUGGAUGAUAGGACGGCUCGUCGGAUCUAUGACUUCGUUGUUGCUCAUACUCCCAAGCCGCGGCAGCCGCCCGCAAAGAAGCCACGUACACAUUAUUCAGAAGAAGAGCAACAGCGCAAGAUAACAGCGCUUGAGCAACAAUUACAAAAAUUCGACGGGAAGAUGAAUGGAUCAUCAGGCAAGUAUCUUAUAUCAUUCUAUUGCUUUGUUAUUAUUUUACCUCCGAGAACGAGCGUUAAUAACUUGAAUGAACAUUAUGCCUUAUAA